GGAUGACAGCUAUCCGGCGCCGAAACACCGAUAGACACUCAGACGAAAGAACCAUGGCGGCCACGGGUGGAGGGAAAAUUAGAAGCAGGAGAUAUCAUAUCGCUUCUAAACCGUACGCCAAGAGUAAACAGCAGACAGGCCUCAUCAGUAGAGUCACAGAUACAGUUAGAAGCAUCGUUCCUUCCUGGCUGCAGAAAUAUUUCAAAAAUGGAGAUUCAUCUGAAGGAGGGGAGUUGCUGCAAGGUUCAGACCAGAACUGCCAGCUGCCGCCUCCUUCUCCCAAAAGCAGCGAAGAAGCGCGUCCUCCUCUUGAUGGACGCAACUCCCCAGAGCCAAGCACUAGUACCACAGAGCCCUCCACUAGUCGUUCAGCCUUGAAUUUUCAGGACAAUGUGCUGUCUCGACCUCCUCUGAGUCGUACACACCUUCAUUUAGCUCCACUGGAGACUUCUUCCCCCACCUUUGGAGGUUCCAGCAACCUUUUCUCCCAGCCUUCCACCUCCUCAGCCCCUGGACCCUUUUCCACCGGCUUUUCUUUGGUUAAAGAAAUCAAAGACAACCUCUCUCAGCAUGAAGAUGAUAACAUCUCCACUACAAGUGGAUUUUCUUCCCGUGCAUCGGACAAAGAUGUUCCCACUUCCAAAACUGCAUCACUUCCUCUUCUUUGGUCUCCAGAGAUGGAAAGAACAAACUCUGGACCUCAGCCAUCUCAGUCUAGUUUGAAAAAGCCGUCUUUUAACCUGUCAGUCUUUGGCACCUCUUCUAAUUCAACGUUAAGCAGCUCAGUGCUGAACUCUAGCCAGCUCGGAGAUUCACCUUUCUACCCAGGGAAGACCACAUAUGGUGGGGCAGCUGCAGUGAGGAGCUCCCGCAGUCGUCCUGGAACACCUUACCAGGCUCCAGUGAGAAGGCAGAUCAAGGCUAGGCCUGCUGGGGCACAGCCCUGUGGUGUGACCAGUGCUACCGCUAGACGAAUCCUGCAGUCUUUAGAGCGCAUGUCAAGUCCACUGGCUGAUGCCAGGAGAAUCCCAGCAGCUUCAUCCAACCCGUCACCAUCAAUGGAUGGGAUGAACAUGGAUAUGUCGAAUGAUCAGGCAAAAAGGAAACGGAUGGACUUGCCCUUCCCUCCGGUGCAGAAGCUUGUGGUUCCUGUGACCGCUUCUGUUUCAGGAAAUCGAUCCGUGUCCUUCAAACCAACUUUGACACCUGGAGGGUUUAGAACUCUGAGCAGGAGCACAAGGGACAAAACGCCCACAAGACAAUCACCUCAACUACCUGAAGAAAGCCCAGGUCCUUCUCAAAGCACAAGAAGUCUUAGUGGGGCUGUCUACCCUCUGUCCAGCACCCCUGCACCUUCCAGUGUGAGCUCUGGAGGGGGCAAGAUCAAGAGGGAGAGAACCACAGCUCGGCCCUCCAAGCGAACCGAAGACGAUGAGGUGGCUGAGGUGCCAAACCUGCCUGCCAUUUCUUUGCCCAUUGGAGGGUCGGCCUUGCCUAGCUUCAGCUUUUCUACUCCCCUGCCUCCUCCCACCACCUCCACUUCUGUUACCUCCUCUCCUGAGAUCACAGUGGCCACUCCUGCGAAGGAGAUGCCCCCCAAUAAGGAUCCACCAAAGGCCUUGACACCACCGUGUGUACCUUUCACAUUCUCCUCACCCAUAGUCAAAGCCACUGCUGCUAGCCCACCCUCCUAUUCCUCCUCUCCUGGUUUUACUUUCAGCGCGCCUGUAGCAAAGCUGGGCCCCUCCAUGUCAAACGGAAGUCUUUCUGCUCCCAUCGCUGUGGCUGUGAAGCCCGUAACAAGCAACAAGACAGAAGACUUUGAUGGACCCUUCAAACCAGCCAAGACACUGAAGCAAGGCAGUGUGCUGGAUCUGCUCAAGUCCCCUGGUUUUGCUUCCUCUGUUACUUCGGUUUCUCCCAGGACCAUCACCACUUCCCAGCAGGAAUCUCCUCAGUCCACUGCCUCCCCCUCCUCUACAACUACAGCCUCUUCAUCCUCAUCUUCAUCAACAGGGUUUAGUAAUUUGUUUAAAGCUCCAGAAGGCUGGAGCUGUGAUGUGUGCUUAGUUCAGAACAAACAAUCAAAUUUAAAGUGCGUGUGUUGUAUGGCCCCCAAACCCAACCUCUCAUCCAAACCUACGGACAGUAAACCUUCACCCUCCGCGCCUGUUAGGGUGGAGAACAGCAGCGCAAGCACCGCCCCCACCACUACAACCACCACUGGUUUUGGUACAAUGUUCUCCAAGCCUGCAGGAACCUGGGACUGCGACACGUGUCUCGUUGUGAACAAGCCUGAUGCGGUGAAGUGUGUGGCCUGUGAAACGGCCAAGCCUGGGACCGGGCUCAAACCCUCCCUGACUUUUUCCUCUGCGUUUACAACCGUUAAGACGCCACCUGCAUCCACAGCCCCUGUUUCCACUGGUGCUGGUGGGUUAGGAGAGAAAUUCAAAAAACCUGAGGGAGCUUGGGAGUGUGACACGUGUUUGGUACAGAACAAAGCAGAAGACCUUAAGUGUGUAACCUGUACUGCUGCUAAACCAGGUGCUUCAACAGAGCCUUCCUCCUACUCAUCAUCAUCAUCAAGCAGUGCCCCACUGUUUGGAUUGGCAGACAAGUUCAAGCAGCCAGAAGGAUCAUGGGAGUGUGACGUCUGCUGUGUGCAGAAUAAGGCUGCAGAUGUGAAGUGUGUUGCCUGUCAAGCAGUGAAACCUGGCUCCAACGUAGAAGCCAAAGCCUUUAGUUCAUCUUUUGGCACCUUGUCUGGUGCAACAUCAGGAUCCUCUACUUCAAACUCUUCUUCUACCUUUGGAGGUUUUAAGUUUGGCACGUCAGACACCACAUCUGGAUCUGGAUCUGCAUCUGCAAGCUUUAAGUUUGGAACUUUGCCGUCUUCUUCCUCAUCCUCCCCAUCGGUUGGAUUCAAAUUUGGGGUCCAGUUUGGAAACUCCUCAUCAGAGACGUCUUCAAAAGAAGCGGCUGCCUCAUCAGGGUUUAAGUUUGGCACCUCCUCUGGGGGUUUUAAAUUUGGGACUUCCUGUAGCGAUGACAAAAAGUCUGACCAGCCUGCCUCAGAUCCUGCUUUCAAGUUUGGAGCGAGUGGUGGGCCCGUAUUUGGAAGUGCAACAUCUAGCACAGAAGGCAGCUCUCCUAAGGGGGGGUUCACCUUUGGACUGUCAAAACCUAAAGAUGAAACAUCCGAAACCACUCCUCCUUGUUCCUCGCAGGACAAAGUUAACAUUCCUGCAUCAUCAAAUCACACCACAACAGAAAACGUAACUACAACCAGUGCCACAACAACCAAGACAUCGUCUGUAUUUCAGAGAUUAGGUGAACCAAGCCUAGCAACCAACACGUCCAAAACACCGCCUACAUUUGGAUCAUUACAGGCAGGCAAAGAGCCAGCGGCUCUCACUUUUGCCUUCGGAAAGCCAGAGGAGAAGAAAGAAUCAAAUGCCUCUGCAGCUCCGCCAAACUUUGUGUUCGGAGGUGCCACCAAGGAAAAAGAAACUCCACCUGCUGCAGCUCCUGCAGGAGGUUUUACCUUCGGAAAGACCGGAGGUUCAACAGAACAACCUCCACCUGCUUAUUCGUUUGGAAAGUCUGCAGACAAGAGUGAACAAUCCACUUCAGAGGCACCAAAGCCCACAUUCAGCUUUGGACAAAGUGCUGCAGAUUCUGCUCCUCCUCCAAAACAAGCAUUUUCUUUCAUGGCAAGUAAUCCCAACAGCACCGCCUCAUCCACCCCAACUGCUGCCCCAACUUUAUUCAGCGCCACUGCUGGCAACAGUAACAGCACCACUCCGGCUCCCUCAGCACCCCCCAGCUCUUUCCUGUUUGGACAGCCCCCCACAACCACCAGUGACACUGCUCCAGCAAAACCCUUCCUCUUUGGCAACAGCCAGGAGCAGCCGCCUGCUUCAUCAGGUGCUCCGGUGAACUCGGCGCCGGCUCAGCCGUUUAUCUUUGGCGCUUCAGCUGCACCUACUGCUGCGUCUGCUUCCUCCUUUGGGUUUGGAACAACAGCGUCCUCUGCUGCGUCCACAUCAGCGCCAUCUGCUGCUCCCUCCCCCUUCGCAUUCAGUUCUGCCCCCUCUGGUGGUUUUGGAGACAACCAGACUCCUUCGUUUGGGUCCACUUUUGCAUCUCCUUUCCCGGCCACGCCUUCCCAGGCACCACCAGCCUUUGGGGCCAAACCCAAUGCCGCUCCUGCUUUUGGCCAGCAGACCAACUCCACAGCUGUUUUUGGGACUUCUGUGAAUGCUGCUCCAAGCGGAGGAGGCUUCCAGUUUGGAGGAGCCAGUGCAUUUGGCUCCACAAACAACGCUGCCCCUGGUGUGUUUACUUUUGGGGUGGGGGCUGCAGCUUCAGCAGCACCUCCUGCCAACUCCUCCAUCGCCCCACAGUCGGGAGCAGCUGGCGGUGGAUUCAACUUUUCACAGUCUCCUGCAUUCAAUAUUGGGUCAACAAAGUUCUCCUCUCCAUCUCCAGCUGUGACGCCAACGAUCGCCGGGCGCAAGAUCAAGACUGCAGUGCGCCGCCGCAAAUAGAACCACACGGUCUUAACAGGACAGAACGCUUGACUGUGACUUGACUGUGUCCCCACUGGACUCUGGACAGUCAGGAACAUGGAUGAUGCUUGGCAUUUGGAAAAGGCCCGAUGCGUUUAUCUGCAGCAGGCUCAUCUGGGUAUUGACAGUUUUUUCUCUUAUAGACCAGAGCUAUUAAUGUGUGACAUUAAAAAUACAUCUACGUUUGACUGACCCUUGACCUUGACUUGAGACACAAGCAAACACCCCUUGAUCGACAUGAAGAUCCAACCAAACAGGCAUAUCUAUAUUUUAGACACCGGCAAAUGUCUGCUAGACUUUAGGCAUGACUUUCCGUAAUAAAAUUACAAAAGCAAAAAAACUGCAAAUAUAGUCCGAGUGAAAAUUAUAUUAAGUAUGGGUGAUUAGAUUUUGAUCUGUGAAAUGCACAUGAGCAGUAAGAGCUGGUAAAUCUCCAGUGGUUGUCCUAAUCAGAGGUGCAGUGUGCUGUAUGUACAGGAAUGAGCGUGUUGGCUAUACAUUGAAUGCAGAGUGCUUGUUUUUCUUUUCCCAUUUCUGUACAGACCUGCUGUGUGUUUGGUCUCUUUGUACAAGCUGAGGCUGAGUGUUGGUUUAUGUUUGAAAGCUGAACGACCGUUAUCACUUGGGCUGCCAGCCGGCGCCGCCACAGGUGAACCAAGCAAAUGAAUGUUAAAAAACAAAAAUGGGAGGAAGGAAGGAGGACGGGGUUUGGGAGCUGGGAAGAUGCUUCCAUGCACUGUGGAGGAUUUACUGGACUGGAGGCUUAUGUAAAUGCAUAGUUCCUUAAUUCAUGUUUAAUUUUUCUCUGAUUUUUCUCCACAAAGUCUGAUUUUGUUCGUGCUUUCCCGUCUACCUAAAUCCCUCCCUCCCUCUUCCUAACUCCUAAUUGUCUCCCUUUAUCUCUGACCGUUUCUCCUUCUCUCUCUUAAUUGGCCUUUGAAUAUUAUAAAACCUGUAAAUAGUAAAACGUUUUUUUAAUCUGUGAAGUUGAAUUUUUGUGUUAUAAUCUCCACGUUCAGCUUUUUUUUUUUUUUUUUGUCUUUAGGAUUUAUUUUGUAAAUUCCUUUAUUCAAAGUUGCCCGAAUCCAUUUAAAGGAGCUUAAAUGCUAAUUGGAGAGCCUUUGAUGACUAAAGGCAUAUUGGCUUUUCUGAUCCACUUUUGUUUGGACCAAAACCAGUAUUGUACAAAGUAUUUAGUAUAUAUAUUUUUCUAUUGCGUGUUUAAAUGGACUAGGGUGACUUUGGAUGAUGAGGAAGUCAGUUUAAUUUUAAAGCCAUGAUUAUUACUGAAUGAGUAAUACAAAUGAAAACCAUGGGUAAUUACCAUCAAUAAAACUACAAAAAAUA